AUGAAGGGAAGCAAGGUCAAGAUGGAGGAUUGUCAGUAUGGAGGAAAGGAGCCACAGGAUAUGUCUGAGAAAGCAUCACAGAUGGGCCAAGCGAAUGUGAUGGAGACAGCUGAGAUGCACGAAGAAAGAUGCAAGUCCAAAGAGGGUCCGGAGACGGAGCAAGAGGGAAGAGAGAAGGAAUGUCAUAAAGUCACGGAAGAUCUUACAGCUGCGUUUAGCCCCCCUUCCAAAGGAUGCACAAGGGACAACAUGCCCAUGUUCUCCAAAUUUGAGAGGGCAGAGCUAGGAGAGAAAGCGAUGAAGGGGAGAAAACCUGCAGGCCCAGAACUAGAAGGAGGAUCAGGCAGAGCCGGAAAAACCUCCAGUCCAGUUCAGCAGGAAUACGCGACAGAGGGACCAGGAUGGGACGCAUCGCGAGAGGGCAAAGGGGAACCAUCCAGGGGGAUGCAAGAGCGCUGGGAUGCCCAAUGGCAGGAGUUCCUGAGGACACUGCAGCCCCUUCACACAGGAGGUGAGAGCCCAGUGAUGUCAGAGGCUGCCCCCCCAUGGGAUGACACCAAGGCCUUCCUGGCCUCCUUUGAGCAAGUGGCCAAGGCCUUCCAGUGGCCGAGAGGAGAGUGGGCGGCCCGGCUCCUGCCAGGCCUGAGUGGGGAAGCAGAAGAGGCCUUUCGGAGCCUGGAAGUCAGAGAUCAGGAGGAUUAUGGGAAAGUGAAGGCGGCCAUCUUGCGAGGGGAAGCCCUGAGGAUGGAGGCGCAGCGCCAGCACUUCAGGCAAUUCUGCUGCCAGGAGGUCAGAGAUCCCAGGAGGAUUCACAGCCAAGUCCAGGAGCUUUGCUGGCAGUGGCUGAAGCCGGAGAGACACAGCAAGGAGCAGAUCCUGGAGCUGCUGAUCCUGGAGCAGUUCCUGGCCAGCCUGCCAGUGGACCUCCAGGGCUGGAUCCGGGCAGGAGGGCCGGACACCUGCUCCCAGGCUGUGGCCAUGGCAGAGGACUUCCUCAUGAGCCAGCAGGUGGCUGAGACAGUGGCCUGGGAGGGGCCGCUGAAGGAGGAGUUUGAAGAACCAUCAGAUCCUGUGAAGGGACAGAUCUACAAAGAACCUGAGCAAAAGGGUGAUGCUACAUUGGCAGCGGAAGCCAAUUCCCAAGCUUUUCAAAUUCUUCACUUCUUCCUGAAGAACAAGAAAUGGACCAAACUGAAAGAGACGGAUAGCCGUGGAAGUCGCCUGUGUUUGCAGAUCGUCAGCCCGAGUUUGCCCCAGUCAGCGCAACAGACCACUGUCUGGCAAGUCCUGCAGGAGGACGGGGGGAACGUAGAGCCUUUAGGCGACAGAAAAGGAAGUAAGGUCAAGAUGGAGGAAUGUCUGUAUGGAGGAAAGGAGCCACAGGCUGUGUCCGGGAAAGCAUCACAGAUGGGCCAAGAGAAUGUGAUGGAGACAGCUGAGAUACACAAAGAAAGAUGCAAGUCCAAAGAGGGUCAGGAGACGGAGCCAGAGGGAAGAGAGAAGGAAUGUCAUGAGGUCACGGAAGAUCUUACGGCUGCAAUUAGCCCCCCGUCCAAAGGACGCACAAGGGACAACAUCCCCAUGUUCUCCAAGUACGGUAGAAGAUAUUGCUACAAGUUACAACCUGAUAUGAUAGAUGCCAGGGAGGAUCACGACGAAUGCCCCAUGACAGAUGAAAAUCUCCAGCGAAAUCCAUGCUUUGAUCAGUAUCAACGAACUACUAAAGGAUGGCGUAAAUCAGAAUUUUCUGAGAAUGAAAAAGAGGCUAAUCUGAAUAGACUUCAGUUUAACCAAUCAGAAAAGAAAUCUCAAACCUCUACUGAGUGUGUACAGAGCUUUAUUUAUUCAAAGACUCUAAAGCGUAAUCAAGACAUUCAAAGUGUGGGGAGACCAUAUGAAUGUUCUCAUUGUCGCAAAUGCUUCCACCAGAGAGAAGAAUUGAUGAAUCAUGAGCAACUUCAUACUGCAGAGAGGGGGCGUGAAGAUCCUGAGUCUGAGGAAAUCUUUGCUAGACAGGAGAAAAUUGAUACUAGAUUGAAACCAUACAAAUGUUCUCAGUGUGGGAGGUGCUUCACUAAAAAAGACCAUUUGAGAAGACACCAGAGAAUUCAUUCUGGAGAGAAACCAUACAAAUGUUCUCACUGUGGGAAGUGCUUCUCUCUGGGAGAAACAUUGAAAAGACAUCAGAGAAUUCAUUCUGGAGAGAAACCAUACAAAUGUUCUCAUUGUGGGAAGUGCUUCACUGAGAGACAUUAUUUGAGAAGUCACCAGAGAUUUCAUUCUGGAGAGAAACCAUACAAAUGUGCUCAGUGUGGGAAGUGCUUUACUGUGGCAGGCUCAUUGAAAACACAUCAGAGAAUUCAUUCUGGAGAGAAACCAUACAAAUGUUCUCACUGUGGGAAGUGCUUCUCUUUGGGAGACACAUUGAAAAGACAUCAGAGAAUUCAUCUGGAGAGAAACCAUACAAAUGUUCUCAUUGUGGGAGGUGCUUCAGCGAGGGAAGCGUGUUGA